CAGUUCUACAGAAGGAAAGUCAACAAAAUGAAGACAGCCCUAAUUUUGCUCAGCCUUUUGGGAAUAGCUUGUGCUUUCUCAGCAAAAAACUUAUAUCGAAGGGCCAAAUUAGAGGAUUCUGAAGAAAAUGGGGUCCUCAAUCACAGACAGAGAUAUUAUCUAUACAAAUAUUCCUACUUUUACCCACCUCUAAAACGAAUUCCAGUUCAGCACAAUGUUGAUUCAUCUGAGGAAGGUGAUGGUGAUAGCUCAGAGGAGGAGGAAGAGGAAGAGGAGACUUCAAAUGAAGAAGAAUCAGAGACUAAUGGAAGUGAAGAUGAAGAAGAAGAAGAAGGUGGAGAAUCUACCACUCUAUCAGCCACUACAUCUGGAUAUGAAGAGGAGAAUACCACUGCAAGUGGCGAUUUAGCAGUGGGUUUAGCAGCAAUUCAAAUUCCAAAGAAGGGUGAAGACAGUAAAAAUAAUACCAAAAAGGAAGAAAGUGAUGAAGAAGAGGAGGAAGAAGAGGAAGAAGAGAAUGAAGAGAGUGAAGCUGAAGUAGAUAAAAAUAAAGAAGUAGUCAAUGGCACUGAUCAUGGUGGUGCUGAAGGAGACCAUGGAAAUGGGAGCAGUGGGAAAGAAGAUGGAGAAGAGGAAGAAGAAGUAGAAAAUGGCACUGAAGCCAGUGUAGACAAGGACAACAACAGUACUGAACUGGCCACAUCUCCGAACAGUAGGUAUGAGUCUAUUACUCUUCCAGAAGGGAUCUAUGAAGUUACUUCUCUUCCAUACGAAGAAAGCACCAGCAAUCUGUAUGACAGCGGCUAUGAAGAACCAGUCACUAAUGAAUAUGAUAAUGGGUAUGAAACCUAUGAAAAUGAGAAUGGAGAACCCCGAGGUGACAAUUACAGAGCAUAUGAGGAUGAAUAUAGCUACUACAAAGGGCAACCAUACAAUGGCUAUGAAGGUCAAGAUUACUACUAUCACCAGUGA